AUGUACGUAAAUUCUUCCCAAUAUGCUGAUACUUCAACAACGGCAUCUAGUGACAUUUCCCAUUCCGGUAACCUUGAAAUUCACAUUGAAUUGCCUGGAAGACAGCAAAAAGACAAAAAGACCCGUACACAACAGGACUUAGAAAUGGCUUUGAAGAGAAAAUUCAAUCGAGACAUGAGAGAACGUCAGCUUCUAAUGCACAAGGCCAGUUUGUUGUGUCAUUUCGGCCGUACCUAUCGUUAUAAUCGGCUGCUUAAUGACACAAUACUCAUGCAAAAGUCUCUAAAACUUUUGCCUAGCAAAAAUGCAUAUCCUCCCGAAAGAGGUACUGAAAUCAAGUACUACCAAUCAUUGGUGACCUGGUUUAAAAGCACCAUACAAUUGAAUUCCCAAAAUUUGUACCCAGACAAGAAAGCAAUAAAGAAGAAAGCAAUGGCACAUCGCCAACUGCUCAUGCAGAUUGAGAACAAACAAGCUAGGUGCAAGCAGGAUUAUAUAUUCAUAUUUAUAAUAUUGUUGCGUGGAAUGGGUCUCCAGUGUCGUUUGAUAAAUAAUAUGCAACCCUUGCCAUUGAAACCUCAGCAAUCCGAUUUGAUAUCAAUGAAAGUGAAAAAGGAGGAUGACAAGGAUGAAGGCAAACGUGCUACAGUGAAGACGACAGGUGACGAGAAGAAAACAACAACAACUUCUAAGCACGUUGAAAAGCCAGGCACAUCAUCUAAAAUCAAAGCCGUCAAAGAGGAAACCGUAAAAAGAGAUAAUAAGCACAACGAAUCCAAGGAAAAGCCAAAUUGUUCAAAGUCUGCAGUAGAAAAAUUAACAAAGUCGGUUAAAACUGCAGACAAAAUUAAAGACAGUCAGGAAGAUAAAAAAGAGCUUCUAAACAAAUCUGCUGCGUCGAAAGAGGAGGCAAUACCCAACACUAAAACCUCAUCUACUUCGAAAAAGGCAACAGAUAAACCUAAUUUAAAUAAACUUACAGUACCAAAGGCAGCAGUGAAAAUUGAAAAGGCAACUAUUAAUGUUCAAAAAGACACCUCAACGGAUGAAGAAAAACACUUGGAAAAUCUAGACAAUAUAUCCAAAGAUACCAGCGCAGCUAAGCCCAAAAUAUCUAGAAUGCGUUCCAAAUCAUCUGAACCUACCCAUGCAGAUAGUAACAAAUCGUCAUCUACCCAGGCCGUUAAAAGUGAAAGAAAAGCCAGAGCCAAAAAUCCAGUAACAAAGGCAAAAACUCGCGGUAAAUCGACUGAUACUCUCUCCCUAGUACAAACCUCCAAUGAAAAACAACCAGAAGUCACUGUUAAGCAAGAACACAAUUCCGCCAAUAAUGAAGAAUUAGAAAAUUCACAAAAAGAAAAUUCGCCCAAACCCAAGAAAGCCAAUUUGGCUAGGUUAAAACGGAAUAACGUUGCAGAUGAUCCUGAUAAGCCACCUAAAAAGAAACUGGUUAUCGAAUCAGGAACUCCAUUGAUUCCAACAGUUGUAAUUAAGGGCGGUAAAGAAAUAGUAAACGACACGCCGUCAACUGAGGACCCACCAACAACAUCUACUCGUACCCGGGCUACCAGAUCCCGUUCAAAAUCUCCUCAAAUUCACAUAUCAACAGCGUUCUUGCAAACAAAACAGUACAGAGAAAAAUUCCCAGGCAUUAUACAACAAAAUACAAAUGUAAAAAAUCGACAAGAUCGUGGAAAAAGUCCCAGCGAAAAAGUGAAGAUAUCUGCCGAUUUCCUCUCUCAUGUCGACAAGAAGACAACAAAUAAGAGGGUACUACGUUCCAGUCAAAAACCGAAUGAAUCGGAAACAGUUGAAGCUCAAAAAAGCACUGUUCAUCUGCAAAUCCCCCAAAUGGAUGGUGCCCAUGAUGAUAAUACUCAAACACAGGGUUCUCGUAACAAAAAAAGCACACGAAAGAAAAAACUAACUUCCCAAACAAAUGUCAGCCAUGAUUCCGAUGAAGAUUUUGAACCAUCACCAAUAAAGAAACCAAAAAUAGCUCCAACAGUUGCAAAAAAAGAUCGUCGUGUUCUGUCUACAGAUGAGGAGAGCAGUCCGGAUAGACAAAGAAAGCCGACAGCUGGUGAUAUGUGGGUGGAAGUUUGGAGUGACGUUGAAGAACAAUGGAUUUGUUUGGAUUUAUUCAAGGGGAAGAUUCAUUGUGUCGAUACUAUCAGGAAAUCUGCCUCUCCAAAUAUGGCUUACAUAUUUGCCUUCCAAAAUGACCUCAGUAUAAAAGAUGUCACUGCACGGUAUAAUCCACACUGGACCAAUGUUGUUCGCAAAUCAAGAGUUGAAAAGUCAUGGCUGGAUACGGCUCUGCAAAAAUACCUGGGUCACCGUACAAAACGUGAUAUCAAGGAAGACCAAGAAUUGCGACGCAUACACGAAGAGAAGCCAUUGCCAACAUCAAUAAGCGAUUAUAAAAACCAUCCAUUCUAUGCAUUGGAACGACAUCUGCUUAAAUUUGAAGCCAUUUAUCCACCGACAGCACCGACUUUGGGUUUUAUUCGUGGUGAGGCUGUAUACUCCAGAGAUUGUGUUCACACUUUACAUUCAAGAGAAAUUUGGCUGAAGCAGGCGAGAGUUGUUAAAUUGGGCGAAAAGCCUUACAAAAUUGUUAAAGCUAGGCCAAAGUGGGACAGAAUUACACAAACUAUCAUUAAAGAUCAGCCAUUGGAAAUAUUUGGCUACUGGCAAACUGAGGAAUACGAUCCACCUACAGCAGAGAAUGGCAUUGUUCCACGUAAUGCCUAUGGCAAUGUGGAACUAUUUAAACCGACUAUGUUACCCAAGAAAUGUGUUCACAUGCGUUUGCCUGGUCUAAAUCGUGUUUGCAAAAAACUUGGCAUUGAUUGCGCCAAUGCUGUGGUUGGAUUUGAUUUUCAUCAAGGCGCUUGUCAUCCUACCUAUGAUGGUUUUGUCAUUUGCGAAGAAUUCCAAGAUCAAGUUACUGCCGCCUGGUAUCAGGAACAAGAAGAACAGGAGCGUAAAGAGCAGGAGAAAUACGAGGCGCGUGUGUACGGUAAUUGGAAGAAACUAAUACGAGGUCUACUCAUUCGCGAACGUCUCAAAUUAAAAUACGGCUUAUAA